ACUUCACGUUACGACUUACAUUAGCUCCUGCCCUGACUGAUAUUUGUACCACCAAGAAACAUGAACGCCGUUUUAUUAUCUGCAUUUUGUGUUUCUUUAUCCUGCUUUGCAGAGUCCGCUGUAUUGUAUAAAACAGACACAGAUUUCAGGGUGGACCCAGAGGAUUGUUCCACGUUUUAUAUUCUUAAAGAGGGGAAGGAAUUUUCGUUCAAAUGCCCAGAUGACUUCGUAGUAAAUACAGCGGCCCGAUCAUGUGUUCCUAAAGGAUCACCUCUCGACACAUGCGUAAAAAUACUCCAGACUACUGAAGGAAACUGCACAUUUCCAUCCGACAAAAAGUUAGAAUAUGCUGAAAACUGUGCCAGAUAUUACGACUGUGAAAACAAAAAUUCUGAGGGAACACCAAAGCUAACGGAAUGUCCAUUUCCACUAUUAUUUGAUGUCAAAUCCCAGAGAUGUGAUCAUUUCAGCAUGGUGCAAUGUGGAACUCGAUAUGAACCAAAAGAUGCCUGUGACUAUGAAGACAACCACUGUAAAUCUGCUCACUGUAUUCCAUGUCACGUCCGCUUCCCGAGCUGUAAAGGAUCACCAGACGGCCUUAACCCCUGGAGAGGUCGAGAAAGGUCACCGUAUUUCGUCGUCUGCCAGGAUGAGAGAGUGGUAUUCCAAGGAAGAUGUCCAUCUGCAGUGGACGACAAACCAAGAAUAUUCCAUCCUGUGCACAAUAUGUGUGUUGAAUAUGAACAAGAUGACUAAUAUUUCGAAUGUCUUUCGAGUUUUGCAUGAAAUCUAACAAUCAUUUUACUUAUGUCUUUAUACAAUGCCCGUAUUUAUUUGUUUUAUUUAUUUAUUUAUUCUUUUAUUCCAUAUGUUAUACAUAUUUUUUUUUUUUUACACAUUUUGAAUAAAAUCAUACACAAAUUGAAUUGUAGUUUUCACCAAUGGAGAAAUAAUCAAUCAUUUUGUUGUGCGCACGAUAAAUAUUGUAAGUCGUACGUACAUUUUACGUACACACUUCGCAAAGGAUUCUAAAGCAAACGGAAGUAUUAGGGAAUGACAUUGAAAGUCCUUGUAUAACUAAGUUUAGUGGUAAUGUAUAAACCCUGUAUUUUUG